CUUCGAGGGCAGGUUACCCAGUAUGGAGACCACGAGCGGUAAAAGUGCGACAAACAUUCAAAGCAGCGACGAGAACAGUCCACUUGUUCAAGUUUCAGAUCCGUCUGGAAGUACUUUGAGUUAUGCGACUAGAAAGCCAUUCCGCUUGAUCAGCAAGGACGGAGAUUCCCUGGUGACAAACGUGAGAGUCGAGAACAAAUUCAUUCUCUACCUUAAAGACUUAUUUACUACAUUGCUACAUCUCCCCUGGCACUGGUUGAUAUUAGCAUUUGGCGCCGUUUAUAUGUUGAGUUGGAUUGGUUUUGCACUCAUCUGGUGGGCCUUGUCAGCAGCUAAAGGGUCUGAUGAGCGUCCAUGUACUACAAAUGUUCACAACUUCUCUACUGCAUUUCUUCUCUCAGUUGAAACUCAGACAACGAUCGGGUUUGGAGAUGUCAUCAUAUCUUCCUCUUGUUCUGUAGGACUAAUCGUGCUGUCACUACAGUGUUUGUUUGGCAUUCUAUUGGAUGCGAUUAUGAUGGGAGUUAUCUUUACUAAGGUUGCUAGACCACGAGAACGAGGCCAGACAGUUGUGUUUAGUGAUAAGGCGGUGAUUGUACUUAAUCACGAAGAUGAUUAUUUCUACUUGAUGUGUAGAGUUGGUGAUAUUAGAAAGAGUCACAUAUUGGAGGCUCAUAUACGAGCAUCACUCUAUCAUAAGGAAGAACAUUGGGAGUCUACAUCGGAACAAAGUAGAAUUUCUAUACGAUGUGAAGAUUUAGAUGUAGGGUAUGAUACUGGUCGGGAUCGAAUCUUUCUUCUGCUUCCUGUCAUUGUACGACAUAAGAUUGAUUCCAACAGUCCGUUUUACAAAAUGUCGCCAGAAGACUUACAAUCUGCUCACAUUGAAGUUGUUAUCAACUUGGAAGGUACGAUGGAAGCAACGGGAAUGAUCACUCAGAAAUUGGUGUCGUACAUUCCAGAUGAAAUAUUUUGGGGUUUCAGAUUCAAACCUGUAGUUUGUGUCAAAGAUGGAAUGGCACAUGCUGACUUCUCAUUACUGAAUGAUAUUUUGCCAGAUCCAGGAACUCCACAGUGCUCAGCAGAAAUAUAUUUUGAAAGACAGAUAGAAAGAAGCACAUAAGCUGUGACUUUGUUUUUGCUUUGGUUUGGAGCAACUAUGUUAGCUAGAUGAAUUAUUUUAUUGUGUUUUCAUUUUAGUUUAUUGUAGCGAUCAAAUUGCCGUCAUGUUUGUACCUUGAUGAACAGCAACUUAAUUAAACCAGAGAAGGAUCUUUCAGCCUCACAGCUGCU